AUGGAAAAUCUCUUCGAUGAUAUUGAUCCUACUCCUACAACACGUGCUAGACCAGGUGCCAGGUUUGCGCCUAAGGCUAAACCCAAACUACCGCCUCGAAAGAAUGUAUCUGCAUCAAAAGAUGAGAACAAUGUGCACGUUGCUUCGUCUACCACUCACAAAGCAUCUGAAGGAGUUUCUCAGAAUGAAUCUCAUAAUGCAGUUGCUGUAACUUCCUCAAUUGAAAAACCUAUCAAGUCUGAUCAUCAUCAUCCUGAUAUCCAUCUCAAUAAUGAGAAUGAAUUGAAUAAUCUGGCUGCACCAUCUACUAUCUCCUCAACCAUGGAUGAACGGCCUCAAAACGGGGAAGGUUCAGGUUCAUUUCUCGGUACGGACAAAAGUUUGCAAGUUACUGAUAAUUCACCUGAAGUUAGCUUAAACGUGGGCUUCAAAAGUGCUUCGGGCGACAAUAACACUGCAAUACCUGAGAGUAACGGUCAUUCAAGUUUUGAGUUUGGACAGGUGGGAGAGGUAUUGUCUGCCGAAAUUGAGUUGGAUCCUUUCAGCAAUGUCCUCCCUGAUCCUGGCCCUGGGAAUGCUCGUAAGUUUCAACCCAAGGUUAAGCCACGGCCUAGAGUCAGCGAUACACCCGCUAUUGCUUCUGCUUCAUCUGGUAUUCCAUUCUCUGAAAACAAUAGAAGCAUCGAAGCAGUUAUUCCUUCACAUCCAGAUUUCCUGAAUAUGACCUCAGAGGAUGUAGUUCAUGAAGGAACGAGUGAUUUGCCUUCUAGCUUUGGUAAAUCAGCUGCAGAGACUACAGAUAUUCUGUUGGGGCUAGAAUCACUUGAUGGCAUUCUCAACCAAGCUGCAACUGCUACAGGAAAACCAGAUCUUAAAUCUUCCGAUGUGAAGGAUGCAGAGGAAAAUUUUGUCCUUCCAGAAUAUGAUAACAAAAGUAGAUCGGAAUCACAGGAAGGCACAAACUUGAACCCUGGUUGCACAAUUGACAAUGCCUAUGAUUAUCAAUCUAUGAAAUCCGGCACUGAUCCACCAUCUGGAAUUCCAAGGCAUGAAUGGGUGACAAACUCUGCAGAUAGUCCCACAUUGGCUGAUUUUUUGCAGCUAGACAGUAUUCGAGAGAAAGAAGAUGCCAAUGGGACAAAAAAAUCUCUAAAGAAGCAUAAAAGAUCUUCUAUUGCAGUUGUGGAGGAUAAAGGUGGUAAAACCUUAAGGCAACUGAGAAAACAAGCAGUUCGUAAACCUGCUGAAAACUCAUUGAAUGAGGCUAUUGAGGAUGAUGAUGUCCUCAACCCUCUUUAUGAUUUUGAUGGAGAUGAACUUGAAGAAGAUAGUGAUGAGUACAGAGUGGAUUAUCCAUCCAAGAAGAAAAGAGCAUCAACAAGUUCUAAGAAAAAAUCCGUGACUAAAAAUGGAAAAGCCUCUCGAAAAUGCAAGAAGGCUAAUGAUGAUAUUGAAAAGGUUUCUGAAUCACCUGUUAAAAAUGGAAAAGCAUCUCGAAAACGCAAGAAGGCUAAUGACGAUAUUGAAAAGGUUUCUGAAGUACCUCCUAAAAAGUUCCCGCAUUCAUCCCGGCGAAGAAAAAGACAUGUGGACAAGGCUCUGCUGGAUGAUGAAUUUCUUGAUCAGCGAACAUUACCUAUUAGGGAUAUUAUUUUACUUGCAGAUUAUAAGGAGCGAUUGGCGAAAAAGGAUGCAGCAACAUCAAAAAUAUCUUCCACCAAUCAAAGCGACUGGGAUGUUCUUCAUGAGGCUGAUGGUAAUAAUGAAGAGCAGUUUUUUGGUUCAGAUGAUGAAUAUAGGGACCCUGAUGAUGAUCAGGCAAGUGAGAAGCUUACAUCAACUGCCCCAUUAUUGAAUUACCACUCUUUCAUGAACAAGGCACCUAGGGCAAAAUGGUCAAAGCAAGAUACUGAACUGUUUUAUAAGGCUGUUAGUUUUUGCACAGAUUUUGAAAUGAUACAGAAACUUUUUUUCCCUGAUAAAACACGCCAUCAAGUUAAGCUGAAGUACAAGAAGGAAGAACGGCAACAUCCUUUACGAUUAUCUAAUGCUGUGAAUAAUCAUGCCACAGAUCUUUGUCAUUAUAAACUGGUGGCUGAGAGUCUGCAACAAACUUCUAAUAAGGUAGAACAAGAUACGGCUAGUGAUGAUGCCCCAGAUUUCAUGCUAGGGGAGGAGGUUGAGGACCCAACACCUGGAACUAAUAAAGGGGUUGCAACAACUGAGAAGGAGGACAACAUUGGAGUUAAAGAUCAGGAAGAUCCCAUGGAAGAUCAAAAUCUGGAGCAAUCUGAUGAUAGCGAGGACGAGUUACAAAAAUGGGCUCAGUAUCAAAGUGCUAUUUAA